CAAGAAUGACCAUUGAAAAUCUGAUCAGGGAAGUAAUGCAAUGGACCAUGAUGGCAAGAAUGACCAUAGAAGUCUAAUCGGGGAAGUAUCCGACAGUGGGGACCAUUUGUCAGGGUGGUCAGUUUUGAUGAAGGAAGUGUUAACCCACCUGUCAUUUGACCGCCUCUGUGUCACUAACUGGACAGUGGUCACUGAUCACAGCCCCUAACUGGCCUUUUCUGUGUGGUAAUGACAAUCAGAGGACACACCUAAUAUAUACCUGUGUCUACCUGUAUACACCUGGCUGCUGAGAUUGUUUUGACGUUGACAUGUUUACCUGUCCCGGACUGGACCUAUGGUGACCUGGACAUUGUGUACAUCUACCUGUAAUUAAGCAGUAUCCUUGUACCCAGAGAUAGUGAUUUUAUCAGUGGCGAUACUCAAGGUUGGAGAGAACCUGAGUACAUUGUCAUAAGUGUGGAGUGAUUCUCCGUAUGUGUUUAACACAGGUAAAUAGAUAAUCGUUAGCUCAAAUCAUGACGAGCACGCUUCAUUGAGUACUAGUAUCUGUAUGUCUCUGCCUUUUCACCUGUCCUAGUGCGGAUUUACCUUCAGCUUGAUACACACUGACUCCCUCAGAUACCUGAGUUCCCGUGAAGGGUCCAGACGUGGUCACUAUUCCAACGAGUCCUCAAGGAGUCACUGGCCCUCGCCUGUCAACAUUGUCACUCUCUCCUACACGCAGAUAUUAACACGCACAAGUGUGCCAACCCAAGCGCGAUACAAUUCACUGACAGAGAAAAAGUUUUUUAAGAGUUUGUAAAUGUUCAUUAAGUAGGUAGGUAGGGAGCGCAUGUGUCGGUUGUGUUAUAGGUAGCGUUGGUACAGAUAUAGGGUGAUAGAAGGAAGAGAUAGGGGGACUUCAAACAGCCAGGCACGAUCCUUCUCUAAGUCAGCCUGGGUCAGCUGCAAACAAGCUCUUCAAUGGGAGGGAGAUAAGAAAAGGCACAGGCCUGCCUCAGAGAAGCAGACGACAGGAGGAGAUGAUGCUCCUCUGAUUGGAUUUACAUAUUUCCCAGCAUUCCUCGGUACCAGGAGAUACUGUAGAGAGAGAGACCCAGCAUCACCUACCUUUAGUAUACACCAUGGGUUGUUAGGCUGGUUAAUUUAUACCUGACCAGCUGACCAGUAAUGCAGGUGACCUCUUCUGGGCCUACUCAUCAAACUUUCUGACAACUUUGGGAUACUUUUGUAUAUCAAAGUGUGCAUGGAAAUAGUUAAGUCAUGACUUCAGAAAGUUUGAAAAGUUUUCUUUGGAGUUCUUUAAAGUGAAUAAGCUGCUGAUUUAGAGUGAAGCUAUGCUUGAUGACCACCUUGGAUUAUAAAAGUUUGUUUAUUAGUAAAAAUGUAAUGUGUGUUGCUGAAAAAUAUGGAUAUGUGGAAAUUUAACCAUAUGAUGUUUCUGGAGUGUCUUCCGUGAUUUGAAAAGGAAAGAUGAGUGAUGUAUACAUGAUCAAAGAUUUUGUUUUGGUUUUCACCUGAAAGGUGUUCCAGAAAAGGCUAAUAAGUAAACAGGUAACGGAACAGGUAUGGAUGUAGUGCCAGGUGUGUAUUCUCUGGGAUACCGGCUGAGUUAGGUCCGAUGUGAUCGCGGCAAACAUUUCCACAGAUCCAGCCUGUCUGCAUAGACUAUGGAUUUUAUUAUUCUGAAAGUAAAUGGUCAGGAUUUAUCCAAGUCAUCACACGAAGAAGCCGUCGAGGCGUUCCACACGGCGCAGGAGCCCAUUGUGGUUGAGGUUCUACGCAGGGUCAACAAAAAUAAAAUGAAAAAUAGAUCUCCAACCAUGGUAUCAAUAGGAACACAAACGGAAGAAGAAAUUUACGGAUUUAAUCGUCCACCAACACCACCACCUCCUGUCUUCCCAUUCCCGACCAGUGGAUUAUAUCAGCCGUCAUCUCGGCGACCUGUAGCCUUUUCUGCCAGCACAGAGAUGGGUCUAACUGACAUAGAAAUGGCGCAUGGUUUUGAAUAUGACGAUGCUUAUUUUGAAGAGAGAGGGUAUGACAUGGAAUAUGAGGAGGUCAUAUUACAUCGAUCCCCGAUCAACGAGAAACUUGGCCUGACGUUGUGUUAUGGUUCGGUGGAGGAAGGCAUGACAGAUGUUUUCAUCAGCGAGGUGGAAACGGAAAGUGUAGCUUUCAAAAAUGGUCAAAUUCGGGAAGGAGAUCAAAUAUUACAGAUUAAUGGUAUAGAUGUGCAGAGCAGAGAACAGGCCAUAAAACUCUUCUGUGAGAGAGGGGCAGACAUCCGAUUGCUCCUUGCCAGACCAGCCCAGCUACAGCUGGAUGAUGGGUUCAUGGAAGAACAGAAUGGGGUUCUUGAUGACUUUCACCUGGACAUAUUGGAAAAACAUCACCAUGACAACAUACAAAUCAUGGCAUCCAUGUUGGCUAGGGGUCAUUUUGACGAGGAAGGCGGAACAACGGAUACGGCUACCACAGAAAACUCACUCCACAAACACGAAAAGGACAGCGGUGUGGGCCGCACCGACGAAAGUUUAAGGAAUGAGGAGAGUUCAGAACAGGAUGUGUACGAGUCGGAGUUUACCAAUUCUCCAGCAGCUACAUCAAAAUUCCGCCCAAAUUACAAGCACCUGAAGGACGAGCAGCAUUACAGCGACGAGAGCUUCCUGUCGACAGAGGUGGUGGACCAGGAAGGCAUGGUACAGAUGAUCCCUCCGGAUGUGUGUGAGAGAUUUCGCGAGGACUUGGCACGUCGGUGUGGGGAGCUGCGUGGUGAUGAGGUGCUGGUGAGGAAGGAUUCUCAGAGCAGUAUAGAACAAGAGUUGGCCAUCCUCAACAAGGAGAUGGAGGACAUACAACUCGAGUGUCAGGAACUCGCAAACGCUCGCAUGCGUGACCAGUCCAAGCCACAGAGUCCUCGUGACCAAACACCAUAUCGUAGUCCCAGAAUUGUGCCCCGUAUGGGAACACGUCUCGAAUUUAUGAAACAUGUGCAAUUAUAUGACCAAAUAGACAAUAUCGGUAGAAAGGACACGCUGCCCUCUAUAAAGGGGCUGACAAUUGGUGGUCAGGCAUCCUCGGAUAAAGGCGACCGUGACGCGUCGACAACAAGUGCUUAUAACACAGGGGAGAGCUGUCGUAGCACUCCGCUCACUCUCGAACUUAAUCAAACCUCGGAUGAGGGGGAGAAAGGAUUCAAAAACUCCAUGCUGUGUUUAGCCCCCAUCCCUAGUGCCCCCACAAUGACUUCCUUUAGUGAUACAGAAAAACAAACACAGACUCCCUGUAGGUCUCACGAGAGUUCUAGUGAGGACACCUUUUUAGCGGCAAAUACUCCAUCAGACUCUGUGCCUACUGGUACACCACUACUGCAAGAACAACAGAAAAACAAAAUGGGCGAGUCCCUACAGGACUUGUACAUGAAAUACGCAGAUGUGAUGUACACAAACCAAGCCAACCUGCAGCACACGAUUCAAAUACAGCAGAAACUCUUUCAGCAACAGAUGGACCAGAAACGGCCACGUAAUACUGGACCAUAUGCUUCAAGUGGCAGUGGGUCCACACACGGACUGCCACCUAGUGGCCAGUCACCUGGCAAUGCCACGCCCCCGGGUAGUGGUGAAAUGGAAUGGGUUGUAAAGCGUCGCCCUGAUGGCACACGCUAUAUCACAAGGCGACCAAUCAGAAAUAAGAUGCUCAAGGAAAGAGCAAAAAAGAUUUCUGAAGAGCGAUGUGGGAUGACAACAGAUGAUGAUGCAAUGAGUGAGUUAAAGACUGGACGUUAUUGGUCUAAAGAGGACAAAAAACGACAUCUAGAAAGAUCUAAAGACCAUAAAAAACGCAGGGAACUCAUGAUGAAAGCUAAAAUGGAAACUCUGAAAGAAACUGAAGAGAAAAAGGAGGUGAAUGUAGUAGAGUUAGGUCACCGUAAGAUGAUGAAACACAAGGGCAAGAAAGUAUUUGAUGAUUUCACAACUGUGCAGGAGAUGCUAGCCCAUGGGAGUCGUGUGCCUGAGGGUAAAACGUACAAUCCCUUACUGUCAGUGACAACAGUGUGAUGUUCGUAGGAGUCACGUUACAUUGCUCCGGACACAAGAGAUCACAACUUUAUAUAAGUAGUGUGUUAUCAUGAAGGCUUAAUGUUUUUGGUGUCAAGGAAUAAACAGAUUAGUUUUGACUUUCUCAGUUUGAGUCAUGUGAUGACCAUGUGUUUCAGGGUAUCGUUUCCAUGGAAAUAUACAAACUUACGCAAUGUUUUGUUCAAUUCAGCUUUCAACCAAAGGAUGUUUAUUUUGUUGACAACAAUCAUUUUUGUUUUCUAUCUUUGAAAGUCCUUGGGACUUGUUGAAUGAAUAUUAUUGAGAUGGGAAACAAAGUCCUUGUUACAUGUGAAUGAAUAUUAAUGAGAUGGGAAAGAAAGGAACAUGAGAUGGACCAGUGUGUUGAAAUAAGUCCUGUUUUUAAAGCAUUUAUUUGACUUUUUGUAAAUCAAGGUUUGACCCGACUCCCAUCACUAUUGAGAUAGGACGAACAUUUAACAAAGUGCUGUGUUGUGGGAGAAGAGUUAUCUACCCUUGAGACAAUGUAGGCCACCGUGUCGUGACCUACUCUGUGUAUGUCCUAUAUAUAUAUUGCGAUGUAAUAUUAAUGUGCUCUAAGUCAUGACAAUACAAAUGUAAUAUUAUCAAUAUCAUUAUUAUAUUAUAUAUAAAUAUAUAUAUAAACUUCGAAAUGUGAUACAAUUGUUGCGUGUAUAUUCUGUAUAACAUACCAUACCUUGAGAGAAUUUUACGCCAGACUCGCCACAACAAAUCAUCAGAAAAUAUUCAAGUAUAACGAUUUAUUUAUUUACAGCAGAUCUAUGAAUAUGGAUAUAAGAUCUAUGAAUAUUCAUUCUUGGAUUAUGAAUGAAUAGCAAUAGCAGAUAUGUGAAUAUUAACAUCAGACCUAUGAAUAUUGAUAUCAGACCUAUGAAUAUUCAUUAUGGAUUUAUGAAUAAUAAUAAUAGCAGGAGUAUGACUGUUGACAUCAUAUCUAUGACUAUUGAUACGAGGUGUAUAAAUACUGUUACUGGAAUUACAAAUAAGAAUGGUAGGGAUACGAGCUUUGAUAUCACAUGUAUGAAUAUUGAUAAAAAGAGAUUUGACAUUCAUACUGGAAUAAUGGAUAUAAAUAGUACAGGGGAUGUUUAUUUAUUGAUACAUGUACUUUAAAGGGGUUUUUCUGCAGGAUUUUAAUUUUUGUCCCCCAAAAUAAACAACAAACUAAUCCAUGCUUGCAUACUUUGUGCCAUGUCAACCAAACACGAUAGUGAUGCUGCAAAAUUGUUCAUUAUUGCAAAUCUGCAAAAAUGAGAAAAAAAGAGAUUUUGAGAAUAUCAGAUCUAUGAUUAUCGAUAGAAAAUGUACAGAUUUUUGAUUCGUCAGAUCUAUGAAAAUUUUGUUCUAUCUGAAAAUUACAAGAAACUUCGGUGUUCAGUAUUAUCAUUUAUAUUUUUGAAUAUUUUCUGGUGAUUGUUGUAGUGUGGUCUCAAUGAAUCUGAUUCUACAGAUUGAAGAGAUAGAAAAACAUGAGGAGAGGAACGAUAAGUUAUUUACAGUGUGCUGGGUGAGAGUGGAGUUCAAGUAUAGUGUGUUGGGCGUUAGUCUGCGCGAUUGUUUGUUGAUGGAAAGUACGACUGAGGGAAAAAUGUAAGAAAGUAUGGAUGGGAAUACAUACUCAGAGGCUUGUAUGUAAUAAAGGUAUGACUGUUGAAUUACAAACAGGAAUUUCACCUCUGUAUGGUUGGCUUAGCAGCCAGUCCCCUUAACCAAUCGAACACAGCCUUCAUGUAGGUGUCAUCUAUCACUGUAUUUUAUCUGGUUAUCUCCCUUUACUGUAAAAUGUGUGUAGAAUUCCUUUUAGAAUACUGCAAUCAAGAAAAAGAAAUAUUAGAAAUUUCCUGAUGAUGAUUUCAAUCCUGAAAGUGACAUAUGCAUGAAAUCUUAUUAUCUGGAAAAUGAGCUUUUCUGAGUCGAUGACCUUUGUUUUGGAGUAUUUAUGAGUAUAAGUAAUUACCAGAAUCUUGGCCUGUGGGAUUAAAAAUCUACACAACAUAAUUGUCAUUUUGUCAUGAAUGUAAAAAAGCAAUUAUAAAUCAAUAUGGACAUUUUUGGUGUUGUAAAUUCUGUACAAUUACUUAUAUAAAAUUCAUAAUCUGUUAUUGUGAACAAAACAUAUUGAUUAUGUCACAAAAAGCUUUUAAAGAAAAGUAAUAAUAAAAUUUUCAUGAGCAAUUUAAUUUCUUUUUCAAAUUAACAGUUUUUCAUUUCUUAUAUAUACAAGUAGAAUUAUCUUUUAAAAUCUCAAUAGGUCUUUUUUAUCAAUUUGUUUGUACAGUUAAAUUUUUUUGUGUAAUCAUUCUCCAGAUAUCUGUAGUGAAACCAAGUCAUGCAUUGCCCCAUACCAACCACAAUCCUGUGUGGGACAUGUUAGAAAAUGCCUCCUACCCUUCUGUGUCUCGGCCCCCUCCCCCCAGUUCGUGUAUCCUGUUGCUAGCCUGGUGAUCUUUGAAAUACUAGUAUGUUUAUUGUGAACAUGAAAUGUUGUCUAUAUGGUUCUGAUAUUGUUAUGGAAAUCCUGUUGCCAAUGAAGCGCUCUGUAUUUGUAGUCACGUCAACAGUUAUUGCAGUUUGUGCACACAGUAUAAUAUUAAUAUUGGCUAGGCCAGUGUGCACUUAGGUAACAAGUGCUGUCCAGGUCCUGCCUGGGUCUAAUGAGUACUGCCUGGGGUCUGAACAAGUGCUGGUUAGGACCGUAUAAGUACUACCUGGGUCUGAACAAGUGCUGGUUAGGACCGUAUAAGUACUACCUGGGUCUGAACUAGUACUGUACAGGGUCUGAACGAGUGCUGGUUAGGACCGUGCAAGUACUUCCUGGGUCUGAACGAGUACUGUCCCGGUCCGUAUAAGUACUACUUGGGUCUGAACGAGUACUGUCCAGGCCCGUAUAAGUACUACCUGGGUCUGAACGAGUACUGUCCAGGUCCGUAUAAGUACUGUCCAGGAUCUGGACAGAUAUUGGCCGGGCCAGAAUAAGUACUACCUGGGUCUGAACGAGUACUGUCCAGGCCCGUAUAGGUACUGUCCAGGAUCAGGACAGAUAAUGUCUGGGCCAGAAUAAGUACAAACUGGGUCUGAACGAGUACUGUCCCAGUCUGUAUAAGUACUGUCCAGGGUCUAAACAAGUGCUGGUUAUGACCGUAUAAGUACUACCUGGGUCUGAACGAGUACUGUCCAGGCCCGUAUAGGUACUGUCCAGGAUCAGGACAGAUAUUGUCUGGGCCAGAAUAAGUACAAACUGGGUCUGUACACAGUAUAACACAGAAAAAUGUUGGUCAGAGAGAACAAUUGUUGAAGUAUGUACAUCAUCAUGUAACAUGUAUGUGUACACCAAUACGACAGCUCUGUCAGUGUACAAUGGUAUGAUGACAACUGUCGGUGUUCAUUGCUAUGACAACUGUCAAGUGAACACUGGAAAAUGAAAUUUUGGCCGGAUUGAUGUGUGCAACCAGUUGCCUGGCCUUUUAAGUGAUAAAACUGAAACAAUUCAAAAUAAAUUAUUGUUUUAUAUUUAAA